GACCGGGCGCCGCAUGAUCGAUACGGCAAAUAUGCUCAAAUAAAACAUCAAUUUUUAACUCAUAAAUAACUAUUACAUUUUCAACUUUGUUACAAAUAAUUACAUUAAGAAAACUCAUUUGUGUUGCCAGUUAAAAAGACUUUAAUUUCCAAUAAAAAGUGCGCAACAAAAUCGUUUAAGACCGGACCGGAUAUGACUGUCGGAAAUUAUUUUCUUCCGCUGGACGUGAUGUGAUCGUGAUGUUUUGUGCUAACUGAGGUUACAAUGGGCCCGUGGGAUGACAAAGAUGGGCACGACAAUAUGGCGUCAGCUCCGCCCGCCUCCUGCAUCAGCGCGGAGCACGGCUGCGUCAUGUUCGACUGCCUUUCACAUCUAUGGGAAUGGCUUGACCCACCGAUAUCUCAGUCACAGUUCCCAAUGGAAAACAAGAAGCCAGUACCGGCGACGCAGCAGCCACUCACACAGCAACAUCUCAUGGCGCAUCAUGUCCAUCCCGAUCAAAUCUAUUCGUCACAGCACACUCAAAUACCAACACACGUAGCCACUCAAACCAGUCAAAUACAACCGAAUGGUGUCAUGCACCAACUCCUACAAAGUCAAUAUCAAUCGAACAUGAACGCAAGAUCUCCUCUUUUAGAAAACCGUCACGAAUUGUAUGGCACUGGACAUAAUCGAGAAUACACAAGGCACUAUGGUGCAAACGAUAAUUAUAAUUAUCCUCAGUCCCCACCCGGACAAGAGAGGACUGAAAUACACACCGACCAAAAUGUCAAUCACGAUAUACUUCACAACAUCCCAAAAGGAUACAACGCUGAGGUCUACCAAGAUUAUUUGAAACGUAACCCACCGAAAGAUACCAAUCAAAUAUACCAAAAUCAUCAACCGACUUACAGACCUAACGCGAACCAGUACGGUUCAAAACCUUAUCUACCUUAUUCAAGUAGAAUAGGACCGCAGAGUAACACAGAAUUGUUGAGAAGGCAAUACAACGAAAUACAACAAAUGAAAAUGCAACAACAGUUACAUUAUCAAAACCAGGCGCAGAUGCAUCAACAACAAAAAUUCGCCGAACGGCAAUUACUUCUACAACAGAUACAUGGAAUACAACCACCUCCCAAUUUACAGAAUAGCAUAUAUUCAGAUGGUUCAUACAGAGAUUUAGACCGCUACAGCAGUAAAAACGACUUCAAAGAUUAUGAACUACAAAAAGAUAUAGAGAAUUAUGGGAAGAACAAUGAAAUGCGGGAAUCCGACAAGCAAAUUAGACAAUACCACGAUGCGCAAUGGCAGACAAAUCAGCCUUCUGAUUUUCGAGAAGCCGAGAGAUAUAGAAAACCAGAAGACGAUAAAUCAAAAAGUCAAUCCCCACCUUCCGAUUUCAAUAACCAAAUACAAAGAAAUAAUGUUGGUGUAGUUUCGCCAAUGAAAUCUAGCGAAUCGAGUACUCCUAGUGUAAAAUCACCGUCUUCUGAAAGUCGAAGAAGCAGCAGUGGUAACCAAGCGUUAAGGUCACCAAUAGCACAGAGGAUUCCUUCCGCCCCUGUUGCUAUGGCUGGAAUUUUGUACAAGCAGGGUUCGGAUGGCCUUAAAGUUUGGAGAAAACGAUGGUUCGUCUUGUCUGAGUACUGCUUGUUCUAUUACAAAAGUCACGACGAAGAAAAAUUAUUAGGUUCAGUUCUGCUUCCUUCUUAUAAAGUAUCUGCCUGCACUGCUGAGGACAAAGUUAUGAGAAAAUUUGCAUUUAAAUUAGAACACGCAAAUAUGAGGACGUAUAUACUAGCAGCUUUGGAUCAGGAGGCUAUGACAAAAUGGGUGAAGGCAUUGACAAUGGCUGCUCUUAUGCAAAAUUUUAUUGAUCAACCACAGAAGCAAAGCGAUCGAAUGGCUGUUAAAAAUGAAGAUGAUGAAGAUGCAGGUCCUACGUAUGCAAAUGCCCCGCCUAAACCUCGAAGAUCUAACGAUGGUUACAAUUCACCUAGUCCGGAUAUGUACGAUCCUAACUAUGAUUUACUUAAAAAGCCAGCAUCACACUAUAGCCAAGGCACUAACAACACUCGCUAUCAGGAUCAUACUAAUUACCCGAGCAGCCCUAUUCAAGAUGCUGCAUACACACGCUCCCCACAGUCACCACCGCAGCAACAACCUCAGUAUCAGACAAAACGAUCAUACGAUACUCAUAACCUUUCCCUGCCAUUGACAAAUACAAUAACGGAAAGACUCGAAAGCAAUCAGUACGGUUCAUCGUCCAUGUAUCGAUCUAAUCCUCAAUCUCCUUAUUUUGAUAAUAGGAAUAGAAAUCAUCAACCUCCACAGCAACCUAUCCAAGAUCCAAAGACAAAUAAUGACGCUAACAUUUAUGAACAACGAAUGCAACGGAAUCCGUUCUUACAAGAUAGUGCACAAAUUGAAACACCUGCGAAUAAAGAAUCUCAAAUGAAGAAUACACCAUUAAUGACAGAGGAAAACCGUCUAAGCACUGGAUAUAAUGAAAGCUAUCCAGAAUCACGCACUGAAUCUGCACCCAACGCAUCUAAUACUUACAAUAAAGAUGUAUAUGGGGAACUUAAUAGAGCCAACAGAUCUGGUAGCAGUGUUAAUGAAAGGAUAAUAGAAAGAAGAACGCCUGACGCUUAUGGACGAGCAGCUUCGUUAGCGUACAACAAGGAAAAAGUUGAAGAUUAUGAAGAUAUUUACGCAAAUGAAAAUGAAUACGGGAAAACCUAUGCAAAGUCACCCAGGCAACACCAAACGCGGGAUAAUGUCAGCAUAUCUAGUCACAAGCAAGCACAAGAUCAAAUUUCAAACUAUACGCAAGAGAAGACUUUUAGCGGACCAGCAGUUUUAAGAAGAAAGAAGAUGCAGGCAAGUGGAAUUCAGCCUCCGAUGCCACGACCUCACAGUGCUGAUUUUCUUGAAUACGAAUCUAAAAAUGAGGUUUUAAAUAAAACGGUCCCGACAAGGACAGUUACUGAUCCUCCUCGGCAGCCGCAGCGGCCUAAGUCUAGCCUCGAUAUCAAUUCAUACUACGACCCAAGUUCCGACAGGUAUUACUCGGAAGAAAGCUACGCGGAAAAAAUGCGUCAAUCAGCUCAAUAUUUGCAGCAACAGGCUAUGGGGUCGCGUAACAUUCAAAUUCCAUUAGCCAAAUAUGCUAGUGGAUUAGCUGAGAAACAGCUGAGUUCGGCCUAUUCCCAGAUUACCAAUAAUAAUUACGAACCUGAUACGGCAAUCAAUAGAAGCAGUCGUGAUAAUGUAAGUUAUAAUUCAAAGUAUAGUGAUAUCGAAGGUUUGAAUUCUAAUUGGACAUUGAAAGAAAAAGAAAGUCAAAAAGAUUAUCUGAACAGAAGUGGCAGCGUUAUGAGUGACAACUCCAAUGUAAGUGGUUAUGUAAAGGACGUUAAUAGAUUCGAUCCAACCGUGGACGGGUUCAUGAGGUCCGCAAGUGCGCGUUUACCCUCCACUACAGAGAAAGAAGGCGAAAAGAAAAUACAACAGCGCGAGGAAUCCAUGAAACGGCUUCUUGAAUGGAAGCAAAGGAUGUUGCAAAGUCCUUUGACAAGAAAAAGUACACCGGCGACUAUUUCUCUUGCUCGAUCACUCAACCAUAGUAGGCAGUCGUUGAGAUCAGACCAGUACAAGCCGAAAACAUACAAUGCUUCAUACAACAGCUAUUCUUCGGACGACGAAGAGGAAACAACGGGCACUGAUCUGCAAAUACCGAGAGAUACGCAGGCAGGAAGGUCCCAUAAAAUGAACAUAAGCCCCAUUGUAAUGCGACCGGAAACACAUGCGCCCUUCGUCGCUCAACCUAUUGAGAAAGAUCUUACUGAAGUUGACAAUAAAAAUGAUGAAAAUACUUACGAAAACAUUAAUUGUCCAAACACAAAUAAUUCUGACUACGACAUAGUGCCAGAUACAAACGAUGUGCAGAAUUAUGAGACAGCAUGCACUGAAAAUAAACAUGAAGGUGAUAACAAUAGUGGUUAUGAAACACAUGACAGUGAAUCAGAAUCAGAAACACAUAUUGAAUACACAGAUAACGAUUUAGACGAAGUUUUAUUAGCGUCUGAUAACGAUAAUAAAAUUAUUGAGGAUGUGGUUUUCAGAACUUCAAACAAAACUGGUGACGAUAGUAAUGAAGCAGAACGGGCAAGUGAAAAAUCUGACACACCUCCUAUGCGCAAUGUUGGCGAGGAACAUUAUCUUCCUAUGAGUCCACGUAAGACUUCUACGUUAGAGCCUCCUCAUAAAACAAUACUUCAGAAUUUGAGCGUUUUUGAUGACACUAUGCCUCAACAUUACGAAGAUAAUCCGUACGUUGAAAUGAGUUUAGGCAACGAGGAUGAAGAUAUGCAAACAUAUGAAAUUGUCUGUGUGAACAAUGGUAAAGUGGAGCCUGUUUAUAUGGAAGUAAAAAAUGGAACAAUUGAAGAAAAUGAAUUAGAAAGUGUAACGCUUAGGGAUAAAUCAAUAUCAGACACAGCUUCAAAUUUUGCUGAUACAAAGCAACAAACACUAAAAAGGGUUUCCAAAGGCGAUAAAGCGAAAGAAAAAUCAGAUUGUUCGGACGCAGAUGAUGAAUCGUCAAGAGAUUUUUCACUCGAUACACCUUUUAAUAGAAUGAGCAUUUCGGACACUUUUAGGCCGGCAUCAUACUAUCUGAGUGAUAGUAGAACUAUAUUACAUCGACAAGAUAGCUCUGACAGUGAAGUAUAUCCUCCUCCAAUACCCAGUUCAUCACCUCCUUGCGAAGGACUUUCUGGUGAAGCGUUAUCUAGGUACAUUCUAGAUAAACUGGAUAAAUCAGAUAUACCACAGGAUAGUUCAAUUUUGAAAAUGCUAACUAGUGAAAAUCAGAAAAAGAUUAAUGCUAAAAGAAAAACAACUUCAUUGAUGAUUUAUGGUAGUCGUACUUCAAUUCACGAUACUCUCACAAGAGGCGAAAAAAUUCGUAACAGCAGGGCUAGUUUGGUAAAUGAAAAACAGAAUUUUAAAGAAGGACCUUCUACUGUACAUAAUAAUUUAAUCUUCGAACAAAAUCCUUGUUGUAGCUUAGAUAAUGACUCUUUGCUUAAUGCUGAUAGAGGUUCAUCAAGAUUGUCCCUGGAAUCUGAUAUAAGCAGCAAAUUCGAUAUAGCACCUUCAAAUAUCUCCUCUGAAGCAACAAGUCUUGGAAGUGAUUCAAUGAUGGAUUUAAAUAAUAGCAGUGAGCAUAAAGACAUAGAAAAUAUGUUAAAAAGACGGCCACUUUCAGACGAUUCACUUUUUGAAUUAACUUCAUCUCAACUUUACCAAAACCAUGAUGUCAUUUCAAAUGCUGAUCUUGAUAAAUAUUUAGAAAAUUUACAACCCUAUUCUAACAAUGUUGGUGAACAUAGUUAUGAAAAUACAUCAUUUGUCAGAGACUCAAUACGAGAUGAUCUCGUUCAUAGUGAUGAUGCUCUACCAACACAGACGGUCACUGUAGCACACCAACGUAGUUCCAGUACGCCUGUGAGGAACGGUAGUACUGCCGAUGAUAAAGUAAAUAUUGGUAUACAAUACAGUAUCCUAGAACAACACGUUUCGGGUUACGUAGGAUCACAAAGUUCUUGUAGUUCAGUUGGUCUUACUAAAUCCCCAAUAUCAUUUUACUGCAAGAAUACCGAUGAAGGGACAUUAAUAAGAAAAAACUUAAAUAAAGUUUCUACGGCUAACAAGAUAAAGGAAUUCGAAAACGAGAAAUUGGCGCCUAAACCAGAAAUUGACACUAAUGCUUCUUCAACAACCACUGGCUUUCACAGUAGAGAAAGUUCUACAGAACACAGCGCACCUUACUAUUAUUCUGAUCUUUCUUCACAAGAGCAUAUUAAUGUAUUACCUACUUCUCAUUUCUUGAAAAAUACUAACCUUCACCGCAAACUUAAUAAUCAAAGACGAAGAGGUCCCUUACAUAAGAAAAAUGAAAUAUCACAUAUUCACAAUCCAAUUCGUAAUAACCAAGUUCUGAUGUCUGACCGUUCUUUUGAAUUAGCUUCGACGGCGAGAAGCGUUUCAGUGGAAUUUUUGAGUGCAGCUGACAAAGAUUCAGAUAUUGAUAUGAAAAAUAUUUACGAAUCUACCGGCGGUAAAAGUUCGAAGAUCCCUGAGUCGAUGAAUUUAAUAUCUAGUCUUGGCUGUAAGAGAAGCACUAAUCAGAAAGAGAUCGAUGAAAGUCAAACCACAGAUCUUGGUGUUCUUAAUAAUGCCUCCAUGAACACAAGUUCAAUACAAUUAUCAUCAGCUAGUAUGUCGUCACACUGUAGCGGAAAUUCAUCUAAUACUGUAUAUUAUGACGCGGAGGCGGACGCUGGAGCAUAUGAAAACGUUUUUUGUCAAGGAGAGAAACAUUGGGAUGAAGAUUCUGUGUGGAGAGAUAAUUUAAGGCGGGUCUCACAUCGACACGCUCGAUCUAUGGACGACUUAGAUACGGUGCAAGUGGAAACAGUACCUAAUCGUAUAGGAUCGGAUGCAUGUUGUAUGCAUAGUAUUAAACGCAUAAAGAAAUGUUCACCAAGCAAAAUAAUUCGAAACGUAACGUAUGUAAAUUGUAAUAUACAAGAACAAGUGCAACGACGUAAGGAUCUUAAUUUAGAUACAAAAUGUAUAUAUUCAGAAGAAGACGAAAAAGUUGACGAUAAUGAUGUUUAUGUUAGCUUAGCUGAAGAUUCUGAGCAAUGCAACGAACAAUCUGACGAAGGAGUGUAUGAACAAUUAGCGAUUGGUUCCUCUGAUUCAAGUAUACCGGUAGAAAAGGAAAGUCAAAAAUGUAUUGCUGAUAGUAAAAGUACACGAAAAAAGUUUGAAAUUGAUAGAGAAAACUUGAGACAAUGGGACUUAAUGUCUAGUGGUUUAAUGAAAGGUCGGGCGGGAGGGGCGCAUUGUGUCGGGGCAAAUGUGGUUGUGGGCACAGUUCACACGGACACCGCGACAGACAGGUCAAGCAAUGACGGUAUCCUAUAACAAUAAAAGGUCCCGUAAGGUACACUAUCUUCAACGACAAUGCCCGGCACGAAUUUGGAAUCGAAUAUAAAUAACAAUACACCACAACAAACAUUAUCAAAGAAAGCUUUCCUCGGGAGCAA